CGCCACUAUUCAGAUCUCAACCGCCCGCUCAUAAUUCUUCAUCGUCUUCUUCGCGAAACAUUCUCAAGCAAUCGCAAGAACCCUAGGCCUUUCUUUCUCAAAUUUUCACCCAAAUUUCUGAGAAAAUGAAGGUUGUCGGAGCAAAUAUUCAUUUCCAGAAGCUAGAGGCCAAGUGCUCUUCAUCGACAUUCUUUCAAAGCUAUAUGGAGAUGAUAGCUGCUCAAGAACUCUCCGAAUUUCUUAAAAUGGAGAUUCACCUAAAAUUUGAAGAAGAAGUUCUUGAAUUCUACAGGAAUGGAGAAAUCAAGACUGCAAAAUCAAAGAAGAACCCACAGAGGACGUUUCCAGUCAUCAAAUCCUCUGUUGGAGGCACAAAAGUGAAGAUUUCGCAGAAGAAAUUGGGGGAAAAGCUUCGCCUUCCCAAUUCUGGAGUUGAAGUUGGAAAACUUCCAGUCAAAAAUUUGGACUGGAAUGUCAUUGGAAUCUCUGGACAAAUUUCUUCUAGUCAAGCGAAGAAAGCAGACCUGAACAACGACUACAAGUUGGUCUUGGAACUGGUCAUCGCCUGCCUCGAGUGUGGAAGUGGAGGUCAUGCAGAUGACAUCACCCAGGAGAGAGCCUUCAUCAUCAAUGCUCUCAUUACCAAAACAAAGGUAAACUGGGCUGCACACUUCUUCAAUUCCAUCUCAAAACAUCUGGGAAAGCCCAACCAGAAUUAUCUUUGUCAAGGUCUUUAUGUUGGACACAUUUUGGAGUCUAUGGGUGCUGCUUCUAAAGGGAAGAAAUAUGGAGAAAGAUAUUGGUUAUACUAUCUGUCUUCAAAAGGGGAAAACAGAGCUAGUGCCAGCGCCACUGCAGAAGAAAGCUCUUCAGACAACGUACUACUCAUCCAUAUGGCAAAGACUGCCAAGAGAAAGCAAGUGGUGUCCCCCUCUCCAAGCAUUGAAGCACCACAGAACCUUACCUUGGCAUGUUUGGAAGAAGAAGAAGAAAUCUCUGACCAUGGAGAACUUCAAAGGAAGAAGAAGAGGAAAAUCAACUCUCCGUCUGCAGCUGGAAAUGUCAAUCCGGAAGAGUUGAAGGAGAAGGAGCCUACUGAGGAAACCUCUGUUCAAAACCGGAGUCCUCAACAAUUUGAAGAAGAAGAAACUCCUCAAGUCCCAAGCAUUCCAACUCCCUCCUCUCAGCCUCAUACAGAUAAUGCUGAUAACAAAUUCUGGCAGCUCUACUAUAAUUGGAGAGCUUGGAAAGUUGGAAAUUCAGAAGAGCAACUGUUGGAUUGGGACCAACAGCUGAAGAAUGAGAAGGUAAUUAAGAGGUGCCUUGGUAUUCCAGACAACCAUAACUGUGAAGAUAUUUUGAAUGAUUUCUGGGUAUGGCAAAGAGACUCGGAAGAUCUGCAUAUGGAGUACCUGGCCACCACACCAGCCUCAGACUGUGAAGCAGAUGAUGAAGACACUGCUGUCUUCAAGCCAGUCUUCUCCAGAGCCCCAGAAGAACAGGUAGUUCUCACCGCUGAAGAAAUAGCUGUUUUAGAAGCAACAGCUGAGGAUUUCCCUAUUUUUCCGGAAACCUCACCUGCUUCUAAAAUGGUUCUGACUGAAGAGAAAACAGCCUCUCCUCCACAAGAGCAGAACAAGGAAACUACUGAAGAAGAAGAAUUUCAGCAGCUAAUCCAAUCUCAAGUUUUAGAGAUCCUCACAACUCCUUGUGAGAUCUCCAACCAGCCAGAACUUGAGAUUCCGGAGAAGUCAGCAGCAAUUCUGGAACAGUCAACUAUUCCAGAAACAAUAGCGCAAGCUGUUGAAGUACAAAGGCAUUCUGAAGAAGCUGAUAAGGAAGCUCAAAUGGCAGAAGUGGAGGUCUCUCAAACUCCAGCAGCCAUCUUUGAAGAACAGAAUGCACAUGAAGAAAGAGACUCCCUCUCUAGGGACAUAUCAAACUUUGUCCCUGAUGAAGCAGUAGGAAUAUCUGAGAGGACACUGAAGGUCCCUGAUGAAGAAGAUGAACAAGAUGAUGCUGAAUCUCUUCCUUUGCAACUCUUCCAAAGGACUUCAUCAUCUCAUCAGGUAACCAACUUCCAUUUUCAUAGCUCUUCAACCCCUACCCUUCCGGAUGAGAUACCGGAAGUCUGGACAAAGAAGGUCCAAGGGCUGAUUGAAUCUGCCCUAGCAUCUCAACAUGCCUCCUUUAGGCAAGAGAUAGAGCAAAUGGAAGCUAAGUACACACAACUGCUAGAGAAAUCAGAAGAAAAACAUAGCGCUGAUCUCAAGGAGAUAAGUAAAUCUGUAGACAAGACUCUAGAGAUCAUCUCUCUAUUGAGCAAAACUGUGAGUAAUACAAUGGAAGUAUACACCUCUGACAGUCAAAUGCAAUUCAAAGAAUUCCACAAAGUCAAUGAACAAAUAGCCAGUGUCACAAUCAGUCUACAAAAGCAGAUGUCCCUUCUCCAAAUGGACAUCAGAUCAGCCCUAGCAGUAGCUUCAGCGAACCAGGUAGUAGUCAAAGACUACUUGAAGGUGAUUAUUGACAAUCAAAAGGAAGCACACAAGCUGUUCAGACUCAUUGGUGCACACACUGGGAACCGAAAGAUGGAAGUGAUUCUGCAACAACACAAUCCAUCUCCCAUACCCCAGCUACCCAUUGCAGUCAACGAAGGAGAAGCAUCCUAUAUCCCUUCUCAUCUGAACAUGACCAAUCUGAUUCUUGGAGCACAGCAAAGGAAUCCGGAAAGCUCAGCUCAGCAUCUAUCCAGCUCAGGACUAGAUGGAACAGAAUUUAUAGGUGCAGUUGCUGACCACUUCUCAGAUGAUGCACAAGCAGAGGAAAGGCGUGAGAAUUUAAGGCGCAUCAAAGAACUCUGUGGAAACAUGCAAGGCAUCAGUGAGGUUGCCGGAUCUUCCAAGCGCAAGAGGAACUGAAGGUUUAUUUCAUCAAACCAGGGGGAAAGGGGAAUGUAAUUCAGGGGGAACUUUACUAUUGGUAACUAGUUUUUGUUGG